GUUAGUGAAGGAAGUGUCAGUUUUGACAGUGACAGUUAUCUCUUGAAUUUGAUUUGAAAAAUCAUCAAACAAAAUAUUUGUGUUUGUGCUUGUGUGUUUUGUAGGUACCUAAUGAUUUUAUGAAUUUAGGUAUGUCUGUUUAGGUAUUCCAUGUUUUUUCUUGUUAUUACCAAAUAGAUCUAAUGCGUUACUAAAUAUACUUGGUGUUGAACUUAUGCAUAAUAAACAUUACUUAACAACAAUGCGUCAUGGAUGGAAAAAGAAAAUAGUAUUCUGCGGAUCUCUUGUAAUUUUCUUAUUAAUAAUCCUCCAUCCUGAUAUGAACGUCCGAGGAAAUUAUGAAUACAUAGAAAAAGAUGUGAUUGUGCACAAUUUGCAUGAAGAAACUGCGGCUAAUUUUACAAGCAGUGCAGUAUUGAAUUGCGACUACCGUGACGUAAUCUUCGACGACACAACACUAUCCCUCAGCCUCGCCGAUGGAGAUUUGAUUGAAAACCAUAAGAUUAAAGAAGGAGGGGAAUACGCUCCGUCUGAUUGCAAACCUAAAUUUAGUACCGCAAUUAUAGUUCCUUAUAGAGAUAUAGCAGAGCAAUUACGAGGUUUUCUAGUAUAUAUGCAUAUGUUCCUACACCGUCAAUGCAUCCACUACAGGAUCUAUGUGGUAGAGCAGAUGGAUUCCCGCCCUUUCAACAGAGCAAAGCUUUUGAACAUAGGUGCCGUCGCAGCUAUGAAGGCCGGCUACCCGUGCCUGGUAUUACACGAUGUUGACCUGCUGCCCUUGAGACCUUCCAAUCUAUAUGCUUGUACAAAGAGUCCUAGACACAUGUCAUCCAGUAUUAAUAAGUUCAGAUUUGUGAUACCAUACUUAAACCUGUUCGAUGGUGCUGUAGCAAUAAUAUCGAAGCAAUUUAAGGCAGUCAAUGGGAUGAGCAACGAGUUCUUUGGCUGGGCUGGGGAGGAUGAUGACUUGUAUGCACGCCUCGAGGCAGAGGGCUUGAAGCCUUGCCGUUUUGAGCCCAGCACUAGUCGGUACCAUAAAGUGACUCAGGAGUCACAGUUUAGAAGGGACAGGGGUCAGAAAUCUGUCAAGUACUCAAAGGACAAGAUAUCUGUGGACGGCCUCAACACGCUCAAGUACACAGAAGUAGCGACUGUUCUUCAUCCGCUCUUCACUCAUAUCAUGGUCGAUUUGUAGCAUAUCUCGUUACUAGGUAUAUACGUUAUUACAUUCAUAUCACACGUUUCUCGCUUAGUAGAUGAAAUUUUAGAGUGCCUGCCCUCUCUUUGACCUCGAUUACUUAGUUUAUUAGAAAGCUAGUUGAAAUACGAUUCUUAUCGAGUGUGUUAAUGCUGACUGAUAAGCACGUGUUCCCAUUGUCAGUCACGCUGUGUCGUCCUUCGUCAUGUUGACAUCCGUGGACGGAUCUACGCAGAAGAACGUAGAUAUUGAAGUUUCGAUAGACGACAACGCCGUCAGUGUCAAAUCCUAUAGAAAACAACGGAGCACGACUGAGCAAUGGGAGCACGCUCUAACACUAGGAUAAAGGCAUAAUAAGAUACGACAAUCUACCGUCAUCUAGUGGGAAGUAGUCGCAUACAUACUAGUGAAAUUAUAUCAACCAGUGUGCAGGUUGAAAUAGAGUUAUAGUAUAAUAAUAUGAUUAAUUACGAACAUUAAAUUAGUAGUUUCCGUUUAAAUGCCAGAUCACCCCUAUUGCACAACGCGUUUUUGAUAUGGAAUUGUAACUGGCUGUAUUCUAUAAAAAAGUACACACGUAAGAGCCAUGCCCCAUUGCUCAGUCGUGCCCCGUUACGUUGACGUCCGUCGACCGAUCAACGCAGAACAACGUAGAAAUUGUAUAAAGAUUCGACGUACGUCAAUACAUGUCAGUGACGAAACCCAUAGAAAAAAAACUGAGAACGACUGAGCAAUGAGUUUUGAAUACUCUUCUAUUACAAAGUUAGUUUAAACUGCAACUUCCGAGUAAACAAAUUUGCAUACACAAAUGUGAGUAAGUACUACUACUAGUUCAUAGUAUGCUAGCUGAAAUAGGAUUCAAUCAUUUAUUGAGUAAUUUACAUACAAUUACUUUAACUAUAUAAUUAUUUAGGAAGCUGUUGAAGUAUUUGCAGAUGACUUUAAAACCAAGUUUAUCUUUAUUAUGUUUGAUUUUCAAAGAUUUCAAAGUGGCCGAAGGAAUAACUUGUGUACAUUUAGGAUGUUAUAAAUAUAUAUGAUAAGUAAUUAUAUAUUUAGCAAUUACAUAUCAUACAAUUUGAAUGUGUGAUACUAUACGUUACGGAGUGAGAAACGACGAUAAGUCUGCGAAACAAGGAAUUGUUAAUAUUUAAAUUGUACCUAAUUAAACAGUUUCAAUUAUAAAUUAUAGCUAUCUUAUAAAACAAUGAGCCGUCCCGUAUUUUCUUCAGAAUGUGAUAAACUAAGCAAAAAGUUGAAAUAAUUUACUUACUGCUGUUAAGAAAAUAACUUGCUUCAAUACCUUGUAGUGCGAAUUGAUCUUCAUAAAAAGCGAUAAUGCCGUCAUAAAAAGCGUGAUAUUUCAAACGUUGUCCACUUACUAAUUACCUAUUUCACAGUCACAAAUAGUGAUAAGACGAAGUAGAAUAGUAAGCAACUGAGCACAAUAAAUACUCUUUUUUCACAACCAAAUAGAUUUAUAAUUAUAAUAUAGCUUAGGUAUAGGAUAUGAAAGUACUACGAUCAAUUUAUCAGAAAAUGUGAUGUGGGCGCUGUGUUAAGUCUAAUCGCCUUAUUUUUUUUUCUUUUUAUUUGUCUGUCAUUUUCAUGUUUGCAUCUUUGAUUACAUUCAAAACGAAUUCCACUUCCCGAUAUUUUUUUAUUAUAUGUUUCGUUACUUACCUUAUUAACACACGCAAAGCACGCGAUUCCUGUGGGAUUUAGCCAAAUAAUUUGUCAAUGUAGUCAAUGGCGCCUUACGAAGUAGAUGGGUAUUGCAUAGUACUGUCCAUAAUGAAAUGUAAAUCGCGUUAUGCAGCUAGUCGAUUAUAUUUGGUCCGUGUUCUCACCUAACAUUGUGACUGAGACGGACCUCGCGUGCGCUGACUUAACACAGAGCAUACAAUUAACGUUAUGUUUUAAAAUGUAUCAAAUUGAACUUAUUCGUAAACUAUUAUUUUAUGUCCUAACAGAAAGUCCGUUUACAUUAUAUCCAACUGCGUCAAUUAAAAUUAAAUAUAACUUUAAAGUCUCUACUAAAGGAAUCCCAUGAUUCCCCUAGGUUCUCCACCUGGGUGAAGUACAGCGGACUUACAGUUCCUUCUGAUAGUACUAAUCCAACUGAUAAUACUAAUGUACAGUUGUGAUAAAGCUCGUUAGCUUAUAGUUCACAAGUGUUAUAAUCAUAAAAUAAAUGGACUUUUAAUUGACGUAUCUUAGUUUAAUGCGGAAACUAAACAUAGAAAAUAUGUACAGUCGACCUCACGUCAAGUUACCCUGCUCUAUAUCGUGGCGAAUUUACAAUGUCUUCGAGUAGGUUUAUGUGCUGUCGACUGUACUAUUUGCUCAUCAAUAAUAGGCAUGCAGGGAAUUGUGUUGUGAUUUUGUUCUUAAUUGUUGGUCACAAAUUAGAGUUCUUUGCAAAAUUA